CCGAGACGGUGAGGGUCGGCUACAUCCGGGAAAGGCCUGGCAAUUGUUGUUCCGCCUCCAGGUGCUCCUUGGGAAUCCCGGGCAGCUCCUCAGGAAUUUCUACUACUACCUGCUACCUUAGAGUGCCUUUCUGCCUGCCCGGUGCCUAGGUUCCUGGUUUCAGAGAAGAUGACAGAGGAACUGGAAGUCACCGGACAGGACUCUGAUGGGGAUAGUGAAGAGGUGGUCCUGACUCCUGCGGAGCUCAUUGAAAGGCUGGAGCAGGCCUGGAUGAAUGAAAAGUUUGCCCCUGAGCUGCUGGAAAGCAAGUCUGAAAUUGUAGAAUGUGUCAUGGAACAGCUAGACCACAUGGAAGAGAAUCUCAGGAGAGCCAAGAAGGGGGACCUGAAGGUCAGUAUCCACCGAAUGGAGAUGGAGAGGAUCCGCUAUGUCCUUAGCAGCUACUUGCGGUGUCGGCUCAUGAAGAUAGAGAAGUUUUUCCCUCAUAUCCUUGAAAAGGAGAAAACAGCCCAGGAAGGGGAGCUGUCUAGCCUUUCUCCAGAGGAGCUGGUCUUUGCCAAACAGUACAUGGCUAACACGGAGACCUACCUCAAGAAUGUUGCCUUAAAACAUAUGCCUCCUAACUUACAGAUGGUGGACCUCUUGAGGUCAGUUCCCAAACCAGAUCUAGAUUCAUACGUGUUUCUGAGAGUAAAAGAACGCCAGGAGAACAUACUGGUAGAACCGGAAACAGAUGAGCAGAGGGACUACGUGAUUGACAUGGAGGAAGGCUCACAGCACUUGAUCCGUUAUAAAACCAUUGCACCUCUGGUGGCUUCUGGAGCAGUUCAGUUGAUUUAAAGUCGAAAGUAAAUAAACAAGAAUGACGGGCUGGAACCUUAAAGAAAAUAUUUAGAAACUUCUCACCACUUUGUGUCUAAGCACAACAGGCCUCCUCCGCAGUACUGUGGGUCACUUGGGCAUGGAGAAGGAGCCCCAGGCAGGUUCCUGACUGGCCACGAGGGCUGACUGCUGUUUUCUCCACAGUCAGUAGAUGGCGCCAUCGCGCUGCUGAUUCGGCACUUGGUUCUCUCUUUGUGCGCCUUUUCCAACGGAAGAUAAAAUGUCUUCAGGGGCAUCUCGCUAGACUGUGUGAACUAACCUUCUGAAACCUCUACUGUUGGACUUAGAACCAGUUUCUGCCCUGGCUAACUGAGAAUCACAACGAAACCAAUAAACCAUUCUUAAGUUUCUGUUUGGUGGCAGAAGGAGCCUCUGGACAGGUCUCGGCUUGUAGCCUAAUGAUGUACGUUCUCCCUGCUGCUAAGCUGCAGCCUUUCCCCGAAUCCCAGGCAGCCUUGCCAAGCCACCCUCCUGGCCAUCUGGCCAUUCUUGGCCAGGAAUCUGUUAACCGCAACAUUAUCUUAGCUUGUGACCUCAGUUAGCAGCGUUUCUGUUUUUAGCUUUCUCAAGGGAAAUGGAUGAAAUUAAACUAAUAUGAGGGGGGAGUAUCACAGGGAUACCUGAAGGGAGGCGGUAGAGAAAGUGAAUGAACCGUCUUUCCUUGAAACGUGAGAAUAAGGAAGCCUGCACUCCAGUCUUGCUGACUAGAAAGCAGCAGAUUUUCAUUUAUAUGAUACAGGCUGUUAAUCAAUGUAACAUGGUUAUCAUUUCCAAGAGAAAUCACGAAGUGAAAGCAAGGAAGGUUUUAUUCAUUAAUAAAAACAUUUUCUAUUUCA